AGUUAGUUAUGGUGAGUUAUCAAUGAUCUUGACUAUGAUAAUGAGGCCAAACAUUCUCUUACUGGUUCAAAUUUGACUGCCUUAUGGAUCGAAGUCCCUGUCAAUUAGAAGGAGCGCCCAACUUAGCAUCGGAAACCGGUGGACUUCAAAGUCUUCUGCGCCUUGCUGAGAAUUCCAGCGAAGCAAAAGAUUUCGGGAAGGCUUUAGAAAUUUAUACGCAUUGUAUCGAGUUAUGCGGUUCCAAAGAGGAGAAAUAUGUCUUGUAUAGCUAUCGUUCGCGAGUAUACUUAGAGAUAGGAAACUUCGAUUCCUCACUGGAAGACGCAAACAAUGCAUUAGAAGGAAACUGCGGCCUGGUCCUAGCGUACAUUUGCAAGGCAGAAUCUCUUAUAGCUCUGGAAAGAUUAGUUGAUGCCCUUGUUGUAUACAGUGAUGCACUCGAGAACUACCAGAGCAGAAUUGGUAAAAGGAAUGCGACUUACAGCGUGUCUUCUGAGAAUCCAGUUGAUGAUGCUGAUUUUUCUCUCGUGUUGCAAAAAUUAGUCACAUGCUGCUGCGAUGACCUUUCGCCAAUUAAAGAUACUUUUCCAGCGGUCUACUCUAGCCUGGCGGAGAUAGGGUUGUCCACAAGGCCUGCAGUGAUUCUGACAGAGAUAGGGCAGGAACUUUUAACUGUAGGGUACCAUGCAGCCUCUCUGUCUAUUCUGCAAAAUGCCCUCAAGUGUGGCACGAAGAGUCUCAAGGUCAGAGGCUGCAUACUGGGUGCCUUGACUAGUGCCCACUGGACAGCAGGAAACUAUGACACUGCUGUACAGUUCAUGAAAGAAGAUUUACAGGUGGCCACUCAAUUGGGAGACUUUGCGGCACAGUCGAGAUGUCUCAGUAACCUGAGAAGUGGCCAUUUGAGCGUGAACGAGUUGGCUGAGGCCCUGGAGAGCGAGAAGGAGAACUUUAAGGUGAACUACAAGUGGUACCAGUCCACUCAAUCAGAAGACGCACACGAAGGAAUGGCACUGUCCCUCUCGCAACAGGGAACAGUAUAUCGGUUAUUGAACGACAAUUCAGCGGCUCUCAGUUCUUUCAAGGAGAGUGCUAAUAUAUAUCAUAAGAUUGGAAACUUACUCGCCAAAGCGCAGCAGCUUGGAAACGCGGGGGUUGUGCAUGAGUUGAUGGGUGAUUUGGAGUCUGCAUUUGCAUGUCAUCUGGAACAUCGAGAUAUCGCAGCCAGAUUAGAGAACAAUAUGGAAGUGGCCAGAGCCUGUUACAAUCUGGGAACUGUCAGUUGCCAACUAGGAAGGUACUCGGAGUCUAUAGGAUUCUUCAAUCAGACUAAACAAGCCGGAAGUGAUCUGAAAGAUAACGAUGGAGCUGGUGGACCCUUAGACAGCAGCCAGUUCAACAGGUUUCCAGUUCAAGCCAAAGCAGCCGUUCAAGCAAAAGCAUACUACGGUCUCGGAACAGUUUUCAGACUGCAAGGUGAAACGGAAAAAAGUCUGCAAGCUCACCAGAAGCAACUAGCCAUGGCGGAAACUUGCUCGGAUGUGAAAUUGAAGAUCCAAGCCCUUGUGAAUCUGGGGGUGGUGUACUACAGUAGAGAGGAUUUUCCAGCCGCUGUGGAUUUUUUCGACCAGAGUCUGCGGUGCUCAACCCAGGAAAACGUGAAGAGUUAUCAGAGCAAAAUUUGCGGAUAUAUUGCCAGCUGCUGCGUGGAGCUGAAGAACUACGAAGGUGCUAUCAAGUAUUUCACGAUGGAAAUCGAACUGAGUGGGGAGAAAAGAGAUAUGGUUGGACAAUGCGUGGCCACUGGCAAUCUAGGUCUGGCCUACCAGUGCAGCAAAGAGCACUCAAAUGCGGAGACCUCUCUGCUGAAGCAUGUCGCGCUGGCUAACUCUAUAUCGCCUCCCUCCGAGAACUCGUCUCCCUUGAUAAUGAACGCCCACCUCACAUUGGGGAAGUUCUAUGCGUCUACUGAGCAGUUCAGCAAAGCGUUGCCAUAUUUCAAACAGGUGCUGCUUGUGGCCGAAAAAUGCGACGAGGACGUUCAGUGUAGUGUUCUUUUCACUCUUGGUUACAUCUACUUCCGCUUGGAGGAAUUCAGAAGCUCCCUUCGCUACUACCUCCACAGCCUCAACGUCUCCAAGAAUCUACCCCACCAACCCAACCUACACAAGAUUUUCUACAAUUUAGGACUUCUCAAUCAGAUCUUGGGCAGAUUCGAAGUGGCUGGAAAGUGCUACGAGAAGUUCUACAAGAUAUGCUCCAAUAGGAACGACCACAGAAGUGUCUUCAGAGCUCUAGGGUCAAUUGGAGAUGUGUGUGUACUAACGAAGGAAAUGGAGGCAGCGAAAACGUUCUACGAGCAACAGUUGCAGUUGUCAGUAGACUUUGGCGAAGUUGAGUUGGAGAUCGAAGCGAACUGUUCUUUGGGAUUUGUAAAUCUGAAGAUGCUGGUGUACGACAUGGCACUCCUGAAUUUCACUAAAAUGCUCAAUUUGUGCAAAGACCACGGGGAUCUAUGCGGACAGUGCCAGAGCACGCUUUAUUUGGGACGAGUGCAGAUGAAGCUCAAUAACUUCCACGUAGCCACCCAAUAUUUCAACGAGGCUCUUAAACUAGCCCAGGUGUUGAAUGACAAGACGCUUGUCCUGGAUGUUUUCAACUCGAAGGCCGAUUGCGAGAUGUGCGACCAGGAGUUUAAGGUUGCAAUUGAGACGUACAAGAAAGUGCUUCAGCUUCUAGAGGAAGGAGAAGGAACCAAGUCGCAAAGCGAAGUAGUGGGAAACUGCUCCAAUUUGAACAUUCAAGUGGCCUCUGAUGUCACUCGGCAUAUCAAUGUGAACCUAAGUAUAGCAAGUUGUUACCAGAAACUGGAAGAUGUCAGGGCUGUCGUGGAGCAGUAUCAGACUUUAGUUAAGUUUUGUGAAUCUCAACACAGGUGGAUAGAUGCGGCGAAAGCAUUGCAUAACAUGGCGGAUGUGUUAGUUUUGGAGAACGAAGAUGAGAAGGCACUGACAGUGUUCAAAUAUCUGCUGUCGCUCUGCGAAAACUACAAUAAUCUUAAUCUAAGUGACAUUUCCAAGUGCAGUCCCAACGUGAAGUUUCUCGUGGAUAAAUCAUUCUUGUGUUCCACUUUGUACGAUUAUGGAUCGUUUCUCAUGGACCUUCAAAGGUUUCAAGAAGCAAUUCCAGUGUUGCGGAAAAGUUUGGAACUGACGGGAGGGGACUCCGGGCGCGAUAACGAUUCGAGUCUGUCGCUUGGUAUUUGUUACGACAAACUGCAGCAGGAUAAUCAGAUGGCUGACAACUAUUACCAGAUGGCCAUUCGCAUGGCAGCCGAAGCACAUGACAAAGCUAAAUUGGCAAUCACUCAAUUGUAUUACGGCAGCUUCCUCUUCCAUUCCAAUAUUUCUAAAGAGAAGAGCCUAUCAUUACUGAAUGAGUGUUUGGAGCUGAGCUGUGAACUGGACGACAUUGAGGUGAAACACAGUGCAACCUCCAAGUUAGCCGCGGUCAACUUCGACCUGGGAGACUACCAGAAUGCAUUGAUGCAUUACGACCAUGCCAUCGCAUAUCUAGUUGAUCUGGAAUCCACGUCUGAUCUAUCCACUGAACAGUGGCUGGAAAAGAUGAGCUGGACUGUCAACAAAGCCAAAUGUCUUCUGUUUCUAGACGAAACAAGCAAGUGUAGUGUAAUUGUGGAGCAUAGUAUAGACAAGCAACUUUUGGCAAGAGUCGCCCCAGAAACUAUUCAUGAGAUUGUCCAGUUGUUUGUGAGCAGCUGUGAAAUUAAAGUCGGUCUUACUGUCGAAAAAGAUUACAAGAGAUCCUUGGUGUUCAGUGACGUUAUUAAAUUUCUAAAAAGUCGGACACUAAACCUCAACGCAAAUGAGAUGCAACCAAUGGUCUCCAUGUUCACAACAUCCAAAAUCGAUCUGCUUCUCGAGAAAUCGUACCGUUUCCUGAAUCGCUGCCUAGAAGACGAGCAAAACCUGUACAUGGCAAUGCAUUGCGCAGAUAAAGUAGAACUUAUUUGGAUAUUCAACAAAAAUGUACGCGAAUGUUUCUCUAUCAACUUGGAAAACUUAGAACAAAUGACGAAGAUAUCCGGUGGAGAAACGUGUUCGCAACUGUUUUCCUUUCUAGCGGCUCAAAGUAAACUUGACUGGAAACAUGGCGUGGAAAACUGGAACACUAUUAUGUUGUCUGAAACUAUAGAGGCUGCUUUACUGGAGCACUAUACGACUACGCUUCGGCUAGUCGUGUUUUUGGACCACGAACAUUCCGUUGUACCAUUCAAGUUGCUUCGUUUGAGUUCAGGAAGGUAUUUGAGUGAUGUGUUCGAAAUUGAAACGAGGGCAUGCUUUGAACUUGAUUCGUUUUCUCUGCCCGAUAGAGAAUUCGGUAAUGAUGUAAACGAGGAACAAGGCGAGAUGGACGAUAAGCUUGUUGUCAUGUUCGGACCCAAAUCGAGGCGGUGUGACGAACUGAAAGUAUACGAAACUAUGUCUAGACUUUGCGGAACUGAAAACGAAAGCAGCAGUUCAGCAUGGGUCGAUAGUGAGUCACCUGACUGCAAGCAGAUUCUGUUCAGAGUACUUACAGAAAAAGAUUCAUACCAAAUGGUAGUGAUUUGUAUCACAAUUGUCGAAACCGACGAUGGAAGCGACUCAAGUUUCCAAGAAUUAUUCUUUACUCGAAAUGCAUGCUCAUCACAGUCGUCUUCGGAGAAGCAUUGCGAAUCAUUGCAUGUCUCAGAGCUACAGGCGUUAUCUAUCGCGAAUAAAAACAUAGUUCUGCUCAUUCCAAGUGCCAAUGAUUGCAAUUUUGAGUUUGACUCCUACUGCCGGAGAUUGUUUUAUCUGAGUUGUGCCUUACUGAACUCGGGUGCAAGUUCAGUACUUUUAUCCCACCUGCCUUCGAAUAGUAACUCCAAUGUGUUGGUCUCUUUUUAUCACCAUUUUACAAGUUGUCUUCUGGAAGGAGAAUCUGUGAACGCUGCUGCAUGUUAUGCUUUGCGGCAGAUAAGAAAGAGCUCCGAUCUGGUCUCUGACUUCCUCACAUUUCCCUAUCUUUUCAAUAUCACUCAAAGUAACGCCUACUGUAGUUUAAAUUUCAACAAUCGACCCAUUUUCCAGGAGUUUGCUAACGUUCUGAAACCAUGCAGCGAGUUUGAAAGCAGCAAGUGUAAUCUGCCAUUGAUAUUGAAACUACUGAACAAAGCUGCUAGUCGUCUCGCUAGCAACAAAAGAAAUCCAGUUGUCUGUUCUCUGGAAAAACUAUCAACUGGCUCAAAUUGGCUCCAUAAUUGUGCACCAUUUUUGAUAAGUCUCAGAUAUAAAAUUGACAAGAAUUCCCUAUGCUUCCCUGUGGUCGACUACGCUAAGCGGUUGGCGUUCUUCGCUGAGUUGAUAGACUUGCUCAUUAAACUGAAGAAAUGUAAGUUGCACAGUGUUAUCGGAACUCUUAUGGAAAAUUAUGAGGUUGAACGAGUUGUAAGACUGAAAGAGGUAUUGAAAUGUCUUUUCAAAAAGACAGAGGCCGCAAAUGCAGGCUUAGAAAAAGUUUCUGUGUUAGUUGAGUUGAACGAACAGUCCUGGGACGACAAGCAUGAGCCAUUGCUUUGUCAAAUUGGAAUUCAGAUAUCAAGAGCAUCUCAGGGAAGAUUGCUGCUCGAAAUGUCCAGACGAGAUUUUAAAAGUAUCGAGCAAGUGUUGCACGUUCUUUCGAAGCUAUUGAGAGGACCACAGAAGUCAAGUGAUGUUAUAAAUGACGAGGAAUUAGAACAAGAAGAAGUGACUGCACCAGCGCAGAGCCAUCCACAGACUUGCAACAGUGUUUCCGUGGUGUAUACCUGCGAGGAACAGAUUGUAGGCAGCGGGUUUGAAUUAAACAGACUUAAGAGCCAAUCUGAUGCUGCAGAUGUAUUCCAGGGCAUGGAGAGAAACCGGAACUGGUUUGUGGAGAACGAAAGUGACUCGGCUGCCAGUGCCACUCUCACUCGGAACUCUUCGGCGAGAACAGCCACCACCCUCAGCUCAACUUCAAGUUACAGGGGACGCCGAAACAGAGACAGACUGAAUGAGUUGGCCAGGUUCAAUUCCUCUGACAACACACCAAGCGCUAAAGCAAGUGCUUCGAAAAAGAUCGAUUCCGAUGACAGCACAUCUCAACAAAUAUCGAUGGAUUUUUAUCGUAAAUUGAAUGAAGGAUCGCUUACUGAUACCUGUAAAGCCAAUCCGAAUUUGGUAACUGAUUUGGUACCGAUGUCCAAAUUGAACUACGACAUACCAGAUACAUCUGAGUUUUUCACAACUGCUCAAGUGAAAACGAAUGUCGACAAAAUAAGACCGAAGGCGUUGGAUCUGAUAAGUUCGCGUAGUGCAUUUACGCCUGUGGUACCAAGAUCUCAGUUUUUCACACCUCAGCUGGACGCCAACUUUAACAAAAGAGCAUGCAGCUCGUCAAUCGAGAGCCAACUUGUGUCAUCAACAGGCAGCUUACAACAAAGAGCUUUUAACAGCAAAGGAUUGACCAAUUUCUCGAAAGAAAACAAUUGGCAUGGAAAUGGUAGCAAAGUCUUGGGAGAGGAAUCAUCUGUUGGGUAUAGAAAGCCAAGUUAUAACGCGUCAACGAUUCAAAGACAAGGAUCACUGCAAAUGUUAAAUGAUGCUGACGAAAUGCAGGAAAGUCUCGCCGAGAGAACAGUGCUACUGAAUGAUGGUAAAAACGGAACAAUCAAAGUUGAUGCCAAUCAAGCUCGGAUGUUCAAACCUGCAAAUAAGUUCAAUCUGUAAUUUGUAUUUUGAAAAUGUUACGCUAAUCUUUGUACAAAAUAAAAUGUAAAUUUGCAAUUGUCGAUUUGUACAGUUUUGACUACAACUAGAAUUUAGU